GCAUCCACCAGAGACGCUCUGAAUAACAAAAGUAUCAAGCCAUUGUUGAACGCAUUUAACCAGAUUCCUGGGAGUGAAAAUGAAAAGAAGUGUACCUUGGAUCAAGCUUUCAGAGUUAUUGUAGAAGAAGAAAUAAUAAACAAAGCUCCAUGUGAAAAUCUCCUGGCAAUUAUUUCUCUUGCUAUUAAUGGAGUCACAGAAGGUAUCUGCACUGCAUCAACCCCAUUUGUGCUUCUGGGGGAUGUUCUGGAUUGCCUGCCUUUGGAUCAGUGUGACAAAAUCUUCACUUUUGUGGAGAAAAAUGUUGCUACGUGGAAAUCGAAUACAUUUUACUCUGCAGGGAAAAAUUACUUGCUACGAAUGUGCAAUGACCUCCUAAGAAGAUUAUCGAAGUCACAAAACACAGUCUUCUGUGGAAGAAUUCAGCUGUUCUUGGCUAGGUUAUUUCCACUUUCAGAAAAGUCAGGACUUAACUUGCAGAGUCAGUUUAACCUGGAAAAUGUCACUGUUUUCAAUACCAAUGAACAUGAGAGCACUCUAGGACAGAAGCACACUGAGGAGAGAGAAGAAGGAAUGGAUGUAGAAGAAGGUGAAAUGGGAGAUGAUGAAGCACCAACAAGUUGUUCUAUUCCAAUAGAUUAUAACCUGUAUAGAAAAUUCUGGUCACUUCAAGAUUACUUUAGAAAUCCUGUGCAGUGCUAUGAGAAGGUCUCAUGGAAAACUUUUCUUAAG